CCCAACCGCCGCCCUGCCGAAUCUUGUCAACCACCUGCAACCAAAAAAAAAAAAAAAACGCAGAACCGAUCGAAGACGAUGGCCGCCAACCCAGCCAACAUCAACAACCAUCUGGUGACCCAUACAUGGUCGAGUCCACCGGAGAGACCCGAAGCGAUCCAGGUGUUGAUCUUGGGCGUCGAACGAUACGACCCGACUCAAGUCCAGGUGCUCGAAGACUACCUGACCCAACAAUGCAACCAAGCCUUCUACGACCCCUUGGCCAACUUUGCCACCUUGAAACUGUAUCAAUUCAACCCCGACCUGGUCCCCUUGGCCGCCGAGAAUCCUAGCAAUCCUAUCGAGGCUAUCCAUGACUCGAUCACUAUUAAGAUCCUCCUCUUGAGUAUCGUCCAUCGACCAUUCGAUAGUGACUUUAACUUAUGCUUAAGUCUAUGUGGCGAUCGAAUGUCGAGUUUGCUGACGCCCCAGGCGACGUUAAACCUGAUCGAACUGCUCUCGAAGUUAUCGCGGACGCUUCAGACGCGACAGUUUAUCAAGUUCUGGGCGGAUCUUGGGUCGGCAGAGUACGAGCCCUUGGGGGCGGUAGUGGGGAGCAUUGGGCAGUUUGCGGAUCUGGUCCGCCGGUCGAUCGGCCGGAGCGUGGCCAGCUGCUUCCGCUCCAUCGACCGCACCAGGCUCGCCGCUUAUCUCAAUCUUACCGACCCCGCCCUCCUCCAGAAAUGGAUCGAGACGCAGGCUUGGUCGCUCGACGCUGAUAAGGUCAUCAUCCCUAAUAACUCCGACAAUUGUCCCGUCACCCUUGUCAUCAGAGAAAACACCACAAUCGAUGAUUUGCAACAAUUCAUCACCAAAUCCGUCGUCUGUUGAGCCUUUCUUCCAGCACUGGAGCUUUCAUACCAAUCACCACAUAACGCAUCGACAUAGAUUUGAACAAAAACCAACAUUGCUUUUGUUUCUCUCUUAUGAUUGUCUCUUUCUUUCACGAAAAUCAAAAUGUCAAAUGGCUGGG